CGCGCACAUAGUCAGACUUCCUCAUCCAGCUCCAGUGCGCUGCGCUCCGCCGCUCCGUGUGCACAUCUCCGAAAAGCCGAAGCGAGAAGGAUGGCAGGCGCAGAAAAGAGAUGAGGAUUAAUGUUCAGAGGCCAGUAAGAGUGCAGACGUGAAGAGAUCGCAGAGUGAAGUGACGGAUCGACGCUUUGAAACUCGGCUGCACCAUGGGCUGUGUGGGCACAAAGGAGACGGAGCCUGUCGGUAAAGGGAUGGGCAAUGAUGAACUGCAGAACCGUGCACAGACGGCCCACUACGUCAAAGACCCCACCACAGGGAACUUUGCAGGCAAAGCUGGCAAAAUUCCACCUAAUGCAAACUCUUCAGAUGCAGAGACUAUUGCCAUGGCACUAUAUGACUACGAGGCCAUUCAUGAUGGAGACCUCGGCUUCAAGAAGGGCGACAAGCUCAGAAUCUUAGAGGAGUCGGGGGAGUGGUGGAAAGCCAUGUUAAUCAGCACAGGCAAGGAAGGUUACAUCCCCAGCAACUAUGUCGCCAAAGACACUCUGGAGGCAGAAGAGUGGUUUUUUAAGGGAGUAACCAGAAAAGAUGCGGAGAGGCAGCUGUUGGCUCCUGGGAACAAAAUUGGAUCUUUCAUGAUCAGAGACAGUGAAACCAACCAAGGUAACUUCUCUCUGUCUGUCCGGGACCACGACGCCCAGUCUGGGGAAACAGUUAAACAUUAUAAGAUUCGCACUCUGGAUAACGGAGGAUUCUACAUCUCUCCUCGUAUCACCUUCCACACUCUCCAGGAGCUUGUCACCCAUUACAAGAAGCAGGGUGAUGGUCUGUGCCAAACCCUGACCAGCCCGUGUCUGAACUCCAAACCUGAGAAGCCAUGGGAGAAAGAUGCCUGGGAAAUCCCACGAUCAUCACUCAGAAUGGAGAAGAGGCUCGGUGCCGGACAGUUUGGAGAAGUCUGGAUGGCUACAUACAAUAAACACACCAAGGUGGCAGUGAAGACCAUGAAACCUGGAAGCAUGUCAGUUGAGGCCUUCAUGGCUGAAGCCAACUUGAUGAAGACUCUGCAGCACGACAAACUGGUCCGACUUAAUGCCGUCGUCACCAAGGAGGAGCCCAUCUAUAUUAUCACAGAGUUCAUGGAAAAAGGUAGUUUACUGGACUUCUUGAAGAGUGAUGAGGGGCGUCGCAUCCAGCUCCCAAAGCUUAUCGAUUUCUCUGCCCAGACUGCAGAGGGCAUGGCCUACAUUGAGCAGAGGAACUACAUCCACAGGGACUUGAGAGCUGCCAACAUCCUGGUCAAUAAAGCUUUAGUGUGUAAAAUAGCUGACUUUGGACUUGCACGUAUCAUUGAAGACAACGAGUACACAGCCAGAGAAGGAGCCAAAUUUCCAAUCAAGUGGACAGCACCUGAGGCCAUCAACUAUGGUUCUUUCACCAUUAAAUCAGAUGUCUGGUCCUUUGGAAUCUUGCUGACUGAAAUUAUUAGCUAUGGACGUACACCAUACCCAGGCAUGACCAAUCCAGAGGUAAUACGAUCCCUUGAGAAGGGUUACCGAAUGCAGCGCCUGGACUGCUGUCCCAAAGAACUGUAUGACAUCAUGCUGGAGUGUUGGAAGGACAAGCCUGAGAACCGGCCCACCUUCGAUUACCUGCAGAGUGUCCUGGAGGAUUUCUACACAGCCACAGAGAGCCAGUACCAGCAGCAGCCUUGACACAUUUUCAGUUACAGUACUGAAGAGUUCAUGCAUGCAGCCGUGCAUUUCAGUGCAUGUGCGCACACACACACACACACACACACACACACACACACACACACACACACACACACACACACACACACACACACACAUACACACAAACACACACACUCACUUACUAAAACAAGGAACUGUGCAACAGCUAACAGGGAAGAGGUUUUUAAAAAAGCACUUCCAAUUCUUUUGUUUAAAAAUAUAACCAGAGUAGACUGUUUAUGAAAAGUAUAGAAAUAAUAUAUAAUUAUUAGUGUAUAAUGCAUGUGGCUCAAUCAGCUGCACAACACAUAUGAUGCAGUUCGAUGAUAGCUAUUAGCUGAAAAUUGCCGACAUCUGCAACAGACUGCUGUCAUCUCAAUAAUAAAGCUUCCAACUGCAAAGAAGCAGUAGUUUUUUUUUUAAUUAUUGCUUGCUAUUUUUACGGAG